ACGCCACCGCCCCCCUCCCCAAAAACCCAAAAUCGCGCGCCCCUCCCUGCUCUUUCAAUCUUUUGCAUCAGUCUGCGCCGCCCCCUCUCCUUCGCAGCCACCGCCGCCCGCAUAGCCGCCUCCGCUCCGAGCAAAGCAGGGGAGGGGCGUCGUCGAUCUGCUGCAUCCCGGGGAUACACUGCAAAUUAUGGAGUGAUCCAUCAAGGAGACAGAACCUGAUUGAGAAGUGUACAAGCAGUUCUUGGUGGCACAAUUUUAUGAAACAUCAACAGGGCAUCAGGUGGGCCAACCUCACCGCGGACGACAACCUCAUUGCCCCCCUCACCAAUCUCUUGGCAAUAGAGUGAACUAGGGAGCGCCGUUGAGAUCCCUUUGCCUUCGCCGCUGGAGAUGGACGCCACCGCACUCGCCGCUUCACUGGUGCCCUCGUGGAGUGCGGUGGUGGUGCUAUUCUCCUACCUAGGCUACCUUGCCACCGCUGGCGCUGUCCUCCCUGGCAAGCUUGUCCCCGGAGCCGUCCUCCCGGACUCGUCCCGCCUCCACUACCGCUGCAAUGGUUUGGUCUCGCUCCUCCUCUUGCUGGUGCUCUCUGCGCUCGGUGUCUACAUGGGAUGGAUGUCCCCUACGGUCAUAGCUGACCGUGGAAUAGAGCUGUUGUCUGCAACCUUCAUUUUUAGUGUUAUCGUUACUUUCUUACUGUAUUAUUCAGGAUUAAGGUCCCAUCAUAAAAGUUCUUCCUUGAAACCGCAUGUCAGUGGGAAUUUCAUACAAGAUUGGUGGUUGGGAGUGCAGCUGAAUCCUCAUUUCAUGGGAGUUGACCUCAAGUUCUUUUUUGUGAGAGCUGGGAUGAUGGCAUGGUUAUUUAUCAACCUAUCUUUGUUUGCAAAGAGCUACCUAGCUGGUUCAGCCAAUCUUUCAGUCAUUCUCUACCAAUUCUUUUGUGCGUGGUAUAUUGUAGAUUACUUCGUUCAUGAAGAACUCAUGACUUCAACAUGGGACAUUAUUGCGGAAAGGCUGGGCUUCAUGCUGGUUUUUGGUGAUCUAGUGUUCAUUCCGUUUACCUUCACCAUUCAGGGAUGGUGGCUUUUGAGAAACAAUGUGGAGCUGUCCCUUUUGGCUGCUACAGUUAACUGCUUCAUUUUUGUUAUUGGCUAUCUUGUGUUCAGAGGAGCCAAUAAACAAAAACAUGUCUUCAAGAAGAGCCCUAAAGCUCUUAUUUGGGGUAAAACUCCCAAACUUGUCGGGGGAAAGCUACUUGUAUCUGGCUACUGGGGAAUUGCAAGGCACUGUAAUUAUCUUGGGGAUAUACUGCUAGCUCUUUCAUUUAGCUUACCCUGUGGAACCAGUGCAGUUCGGUGAUCCCAUACUUCUACCCAACAUACCUGUUCAUUUUGCUGAUAUGGAGGGAACGAAGGGACGAAGCAAGGUGCUCAGAGAAGUACAAGGAGAUCUGGGUAGAAUAUUGCAAGCUUGUGCCUUGGAGGAUCUUUCCUUACGUGUAUUAGAUCAAAAGAUUUUGCGCAGCAGUUGUAUCGUUGUAGAACCUCAGCAUGACAGUAGCCGAGCUAUUCAAAUGAAAAUGCCAUAAAAUAAACUAAAUAUUUAGAGACUACAAAAUCAACUUUAGGGUAUCUCUGAGGUCGGCAUGAUAGUUGGAAUCUGCACGACAAUCCCUAUUGUGUGGAGGGAGGCGACUGUUGUUGCUGGCUGGCGAGUGAACCGACUGGUCUUGUCGUCUCCUGUCCCCGUGAGGUGCACGGGAGUUUGUCCUGCUGCGCCCGGGCUCUCGAUAUUCUCUUGGUUGGAGAUGUGGUAGGCGGUUGCCGGCA